AUGCUUCACGACUAUAAUGCCGAUGCCGAACGAAUUUACAAUGCUUGCAAGGGACUCGGCACCAAGGAGGAGGACAUAAUUCAAGUCAUUGGCAAGCGGAAGUUGCCUGAAAGGCAUCAAAUCCGCUUGGCUUACUUCUCUAAGUACAACAAGGAUCUCUUGGAUGUGCUGGAUAGUGAAUUGAGUGGAGAUUUUGGAGAAUUGGCACGAAAUCUCUUCCUCGGUCCGAUCCAAAUUUUGGCGGCUGAAUUGUACAAAAUUUUCAAGAAGACGGGUUCAGCUGGUGGAGAUGUUAAUGACAUUAUUUGCUGCCUUAGUCCAACUGAAAUUACCGCACUCAAGACCGCCUACCUUGAAGAGCUCUUCGUGGGUGCUAUUCACGAGACAGAUUGA